AUGCCGAGCCUCAGCGUCGUCCAAGCCGGCAUCGACGAGCUGUGCCGCGGCCCCCCGCUGGUCGCUGCCCUUGCCGGAGGCACCACCGGCAUCGGCUCCUACAUUGCCAGGGCUCUGGCCGCGGCCUUUGCUGGCCAAGGGGCCAAGCUUCGCGUCUACAUCAUCGGCCGCAACGUCGCCAGGGCCGAGGCCCUCAUUGCCGACUGCCAAAGCAUCAGCCCCGGCUCGCAAUGGCGUUUCGUCAAGGCCACCGACCUCGCCCUCAUCCGCGACGUUGAUCGCUGCUGUGCCGAGAUCGUCCGCCAAGAGACCGAGGAGCCGUUUCACGGAGAACCGGCCCGACUGCAUCUCCUCUACAUGACACACUGCUAUCCCAUCUUGAAACAGCGAUCCACAACAGCAGAGGGUUUAGACGCCCUCCUCUCGACCGUCUACUACUCUCGCAUCAGAUUCAUCACCCGACUCCUUCCUCUCCUUGCCGCAUCGCCCGGCCCCGGCCACGUCGUCUCCGUCUACGCGGGAACCUUUGAAGACGGCACAGAGCCAGGCGAAUCGCCCAUUGGGUGCCCCCCGCCCGCUGCCUAUGGCAUAGCCAGCGUCCGGAAGCACGCCGCCUUUAUGAAGACGUUUGCGUUUGAGCAUCUCGCGCAAGAACACGCCGGGAAACUCAGCUUGACCCACGUUUACCCGGGCUUGGUCGACGGGCCGGCCUUUUACAGCGACGAUGCGCCGGUUUGGUUCCGCGUCGUGUUCCGGUGCGUCAAGCCUCUGCUCCGGCUGUACAUGACGUCUCCCCGUGACUGCGGUCGUGUCAUGCUGUAUCUCGCAACGUCGCGAUAUCCAGCCAAAGGGAGUAUCGCAGAUCCGGAAAAGCUGCUGGCGGGAGGGGUGCGAGCAGCCCGGAGCACCCAAAACGAGCCUGGCGGUGGUUGCUACGCCGUCGGGCAGAGGGCCGAGGCCACAGACAAGGUGAGUUACGAACGGGUCCGCGAUUCCGGAACCAGCAAGCAGGUGUGGCAUCAUACCACGGAGGUACUGAACCAAGCCUUGGCCCCCAACGCUGGAAGUGAGUGA